AUAGGUUGAUGCUCAACUACUGAGCCACGCCAGUCAGACUGUGAAGCUGAGCCCAGAGCGACAUUUACAACUAAUCUUAUAAAAAUGUGUGGAAAUAAAACAACCUAAAGGAAAUUCAAGACCACAAAAUUUACUGACUGAACUACAUUGUAUUGUUCAUACCAUAGUAAGAGUGCUUGGAGAAGGACCUUUGUAUUCUGCUAAAUCAUGAUGGAGACAGAAGACCAGCAACAAUGGAAGAGAACAUUUUACUCAGAACUACCUAAAGUGGAACUUCAUGCUCACUUGAAUGGAUCCAUUAGUUGUAAUACCAUGAAGAAAUUAAUAGCUAAGAAACCAGAUCUUAAAAUUCAUGAUCAAAUGACUAUGAUUGAUAAGGGAAAGAAAAGAACUUUAGAAGAAUGUUUCCAGAUGUUUCAGAUUAUUCAUCAGCUUACUACUAGCCCUGAAGAUAUUUUAAUGGUCACAAAAGAUGUCAUUAAAGAAUUUGCAGAUGAUGGUGUCAAGUACCUGGAACUGAGGAGCACACCCAGAAGAGACAAUGCUUCAGGAAUGACUAAAAAAACUUAUGUGGAAUCUGUACUUGAGGGUAUAAAACAGUCUAAACAAGAAAACUUAGACAUUGAUGUUAGAUAUUUAAUAUCAAUAGACAGAAGAGGUGGCCCUUCAGUGGCAAAGGAGACUGUUAAACUUGCUGAAGAAUUCUUCCUUUCUACGGAAGAUACAGUUCUUGGCCUUGACCUCAGUGGAGACCCUACAGCAGGACAAGCAAAAGAUUUCUUGGAACCUCUUUUAGAAGCAAAAAAAGCAGGUCUGAAGUUGGCAUUGCAUCUUUCAGAGAUUCCAAACCUCAAAAAAGAAGCACAAGUACUCCUGGAUCUGCUUCCUGAUAGAAUUGGGCAUGGGACAUUUCUCAACUCCUCUGAGGGAGGAUCCUUGGAUCUGGUUGACUUUGUGAGGAAACACCAGAUACCACUGGAACUCUGUUUGACCUCAAACAUCAAAAGUCGGACUGUUCCAUCUUAUGACAAGCAUCAUUUUGGAUUCUGGUUCAGCAUUGGCCAUCCUUCUGUUAUCUGUACUGACGAUAAGGGUGUUUUUGCAACACACCUUUCCCAAGAGUACCAGCUGGCAGCUGAAAAUUUUAAUUUGACCCCAUCUCAGGUAUGGGAUCUGUCUUAUGAAUCCAUUGACUACAUCUUUGCUUCUGACAGCACCAGGUCUGAACUAAAGAGGAAGUGGAAUCAUCUGAAACCCAAAGCGUUAAAUUUUUAAGCUGUAUGAGGGUGAAUUACUUUUGAGUGUGUUGCAACCAAGAUCUUCCUACCAUAUUCCUCUUAGUAAACCAUCCACCUCUCCCUUUGAAGAAAAGCAGCUAAGUAGCAUGGGCUUUAUCACCAGUACCCUACUCAUGGUGGGUGCUCAUUAAAUAUGUCUUAAAUUGAC